GAUCCAAAACGUCUCUUUCCGUCCACGACUUCCAGGACAUCCAUCGCCAGCCCUCUUUACAGCACGAACUGCGGUGUGGUGUUUCCGAACGGCACCCUGAGCCAAGCCACAAUGGCCCUGAACCCACCGAAACCUCCGCAACUUUCGGGCAGCACCACUCCGUCGUCGAUUGACCCUGCCUUCGACGAUGAAACCUCGACCGAUGAAUCUCAAUCCAUUAAGCAUAUCAUCGAGGAUGUCAAGUUAGAGGAGGACUCUGUCCAGUUCUACAUCGGAGGCCACAAAGAGGCGAUGACAACACGGCGUAUGCACAUUGCUAAGAGGUCGUGGAAUGUCCAGGUCAGCAACAUGGACAAGGAAGAGAACAUCAAUCGGCUUGCAGAAACUGUCGAACGUGACAGGCGGGCGGUGGCUGCGGAGACACAGCGCAGGGCUUCUACCGAGACGCCCACAAAGUCUACCUCUUUUGCAGGCAUUGGUCGCAUAACGGGGUCUGGAGGUCAGACCCCCAGAAGCGAUUGAGUUUUGGACGACCUAUUAUCUGUCAAAAUGAAUCCUAUCUUCUGUUCUUCG